ACAACACUGUAUGUAUAUCGUUAUCGAUACAUAUUCAUAUACCCCACGUGCGAUUGUUGGCCAUUUAUUUGUCGUUUUCUGAAUUUUGUGGUGUUUGGUAAAUAGUUCAAAAUGCCGGCAGUCAAGAAACAGAAACCCCAAAAUUUAAAGAAACAAGCAACACCCACCAAAAAUGCAGAAGCAGCCAAACCUGUCGUCGUUUCCGGGCAGUUAAAGAAAAAAUUGUCGCAGGCCAAGCCGCAAGCAACGUCAAAAGAGCGGCAGGAGCGCGGCGUUGUCCUCAUCAAAUCUCUGCCACACGGCUUCUUCGAGCAGCAGCUGCGAAAUUAUUUCAAGCAAUUCGGCCAUGUGACCCGAAUCCGGCUCGCCCGCUCGCAGCGCACCGGCGGCAGCAAAGGAUUCGCCUUCGUCGAGUUCGAGUAUCCGGAGGUGGCCAAAGUGGCAGCCGAUACUAUGGAUAACUAUCUGAUGUUCCAGAAGGUCGUCAAGGCUACCUAUAUUCCGCCCGAGCAGCAGAAAUUCAAUUAUUUCAAGAGCACGGUGAAGAAGGUUAAAAAUAAGGCCGGCAAAGAGAUUUUCGUGUCGAAUUUAACAAAAGCCACGCAGCGCAGCGUACAAAAGCAAAAUAAUUGGACGGAAUCCGCUUGCCAGAAACGCACAGAGAUCGGCAUGAAGAAGGUGAGGGAACUGCAAAAGAAAUACAAACAUUUGGGCAUCGAUGUGGCCCAAUUGAUUGUGAAGCCCGUCAAGAAAUCCAAGCAGGAAGAGGCAAAGAAAAAAGAGCUGCAAUUGGAGGAUUUGCUGGGUAAUACAAUCAAUGAGGAUUCAGAUGAUGAGGAUUAUGAAAUCAGUGAUGAUGAUGAAGAGCAGCUGCAAAUGGACAGCGAUGAUAGCGAUGAGGAUGAGGAAGAGCUAGAUGGGGAUGAGGAAGAUGAGGAGGAGGAGCUGCAGCCAGUGCCUAAAAAGACGCAAAAGCAGAAGAAAGUAAAUGCAAGCGCUGAGCGCAUGUCGGAUUUGAUUAAACGCAAACCAGGCACAGGCGGUGUCCAGAAAAAGAAGAAGACAACUAAAAAGGCUGCCACAAGUGCAACAAAACUGCUGCAACUGGCGGCAGCCAAGAAAAUUGCCAAGCCGCUGCCCAAAAAAGUGGACAAAAAGCUCAAGAAAUAAAACUAGUUUUUAUAUAUUUACCCUUAUAAUAAUUAAGUAAACAAAAGUUGCACACAAAAAAAAUAAUUAAAAAGAAAUAUGUUUGUAAAAGAAAAAA